AUGCCCUCUUCUUCGUUCAGACAUUGUGCGGUCGCCGACCCCAACCACGGCAUUUCGAGCAAGAAGAGACCAGCGGCUCGUAUUCCAAAUAUCCUUACCAUUCUGUUCAGCCAGGCAUCGCAAGCUCGGACACAUCUCUACAACUUAUACCUCAUCACCCUGGACGACACUCCGACGUUUGUGGUGCCGAACACUGUCUUCGGCGUUUCGAGUGCCUUCACCAGCUCCAUGGUCAAAGCCACCGACUCCGCGGCACUUGUGUCGCUCGGUUUUUCCUGGAGGCUCUGUUUCGUUGUGCUACAGACUGUCAUCUUUAAUUGGACGAACCUGCUUAUCUUCGAUCUUGCCAAUCAACGGCAGAGCGGCGAGGAGGACGCCCACAACAAGCCUUGGCGGCCCAUUCCAAGCGGGCGGCUAACCAGCAUCCAAAUGCGGCAUCUACUAAUGGCCGCGAUCCCGGUCGUUCUCACCUACAAUCACUUCGUGCUCAGUGUCGGGACGGAGAGCUGCCUCCUGGCGAUACUGACGUGGCUCUACAACGAUCUAGGGGGCGGCGACGACAACUGGCUCAUCCGGAAUCUCAUCAUCGGUUGCGCUUUCGGGGUGUAUAAUCUGGGCUCCCUUAAAGUGGCCGCUACCACGUCCGCUGCGGUUAGUGGGGCCUUUGCCGUCUCACCAAUGGGAUAUUACUGGACAGCGAUUAUCAGCCUCGUAAUUUUUACUACCAUGCAUGUGCAGGACCUGAAAGAUAUCAAGGGCGACGCAGCAAGGGGGAGGCGCUCGGCCCCGAUUGUGCUCGGUCGCCGAGCCGCAGGCUGGACCAUUGCCGUUCCCGUCGUUUUGUGGUCUAGUGUCUGCCCGCUGUUUUGGCGUUCACCGGCAUGGGUUGCGUGGGUCCCCGCAGCUGUAGGGAUGUGCGUUGCCUGGAGAUGUGUGCGUGUUAGCGGGGAAUGGACGGAUCGGAGGACGUGGCAGCUGUGGUGUGCAUGGACAGCGGUGCUAUAUGUUCUUCCGCCGCUCUCUGCUUGA